UUUUACUGACAGUGAAAAACUUGACAAGAUACUCAAUAUGCUUGUGAUCUUGACCAGGAAAGUGAAGAUCAUCCAGCAAGUCUUGGGGAUUCCAGAAGAAAACGAAGCAGAUGGCAAGCGAUCAGAGGAAAAUGAAAAUUUUUCUGAAGAUGGCAUGCAGAAAGAAACAGAGAAAGAGAAUUCUCGGCGUGAAGCAAAUUCAGAUGACAGUUAUGCUGCCGAUGAUGAUAAUACACAAAAACAUGGUGUUGUUGAAGAAACAGCUGAUUUUGUUGGUGGUGUUAAUGGUAAAAAUGCUAGUUCUAUUGGUAUUUGCGAUGAAGAAACAGAAGUUUUGUUUCAAGAAACACAAGAUCUUGGCGACGAGGAAACUACAACUGUUGUUAAAGAUACAGAAGUUAUUUUUCAAAGUACCCAAACACUUGGCGACGAUGAAGCUUUAAAUAGCUGUAAUAAUGAUAUAUCUCGUACGGCAACUGCAGAUUGUGGUGAGAAAAAAAAACCCCGAGGUUUCAUCGCCUAUUACACCAAGAUUCAAUCUUCUUUCCCAAAACAGUUUACAAAACAGCAUAAAUAAAGACAAUGCAGGUGAUACUAGCAGACAAAGAACUGAUGACAAAGACAAUGAGGAGGCCACUGAAAAUUAAUGACAUCACCGUAGAUCCAAAGUGGAUUACCACGCUGGAGACAGCAGGAAAUGCAUUUACGAAAGCGUAUAUGGAAGCAGCUUUAGAGUUAUUGAGGAUGCAAAAGAAACAAAAUCCUCUUUUGUUUUUGAACAAAAGUGCUUUGAUGGUUGGUGAAUCGUUCUUGAAUGCAAUAGACGAGAUUUAUGUUAUUUUUGCAGAUGACAAGGACGGGUUUCAAUUCGGGACUGAAUUCACCAGUCAUGGCAUAGAGACAAACAUCCGCAUUAUCUACACACCGUUGAGGAUCAAAUAUAAAUGCUGGAUUGCAUUGAUCUUUCAUCUUGUGAAGAGAAAUAUAACCAUACUGAACUGUGCAACAUCAAAGAUUUCGAAAGAACAGCUCAAUACAUAUAUUGGAGCGUAUGCACACCCAAUUCCUUACAUCAUUCGCCAAAUUACCCAGGAUGACAUGAUGGUUAUCUCUCCAUUCAGUAUACAAAUAGAGUCAAAAGAAGUACCACAGGUUGCUAAAAUAGCAGAUACAUGCGUUUUUUUAUUGAAAUUAAUAAAGUCCCACUCGAUGCGCAUCAAGGAUUUGACGAAGCUUUCUGAAGAAAACAUCGGGGAUAUAAGAUUCAAGCUUGCUGCUGAUCUCUUCUCAGAGUUAUUAGCACCGGACAGGAGAUGGAGGAAAGAUGCACAGAGGAGAGGAGAAGAGACAUUCCCUUUCUUGUUUUCAAAUCAUUAG